AUGUCUAACAAGAAUACUGGACAUCAAUUGAAGGAAAAUGGAAAUACCGAUCGCAUCUCGAGAGAAAACCGAGAUAGAAUAAAAAAUAGCCGCACGGAAGGACGCAGAAAUACAUCUGAAGUAAAGAACCAUUUGAAAGGUGUCACUAAAAGUAAACCUUCGAAUGGAAAAAUUACGAAUACCGUACCAAAAGUGAACCACAAAUGCCGUACCACAAAUACUAAUUCUAAUCCUUUACUUCUGUUUCCCAGCGGAGAAAGACUGAAGGAAUUGGACAUGGCAUACGAGGGAGCAAUGGAUCUUUUAAGGAUCCUUGAUGAAGACGGUAUCAACAGAGGAAAAGGUCGAUCUAAACGCAAAACGGACAUGCAAAACGAAGUUGACAUGGCGUAUGAAGGGGCCAUGCAACUAAUAGCAAAUGAAAGUAAUAGCCACAUUGCGUCCCGUGUUGGAAAUGCUGGCCCUAGCAAUCGAGGAGCUGAAGUAGGACGUGGAAUACGGCAUACCUCUGCCAUACCGACUAAACCAACUCCCCAGUCAAAAGGGAAUUUAGUAGCACCCAAUGCUGCAAAUGCCUCGCCUCUAAUGCCCCACCCACGGCGAGGGGCAUAA